AUGGCAGGCCAAGAUUCCUCGAUGGAGGAGAUCCUCUGGCGGUCUCCCCCGCACGUCCAAAUGAUGGGCGGUUACCUGCACUCCAACAAUAUUCUAUUCUAUUUCGCCGAGUCCCCCUUCUUUGACCCAACUUCAAAUAAUGCCUCCCUCGCCAUCCAAGCAAACUACAAUGUAGCCUUCCGCCACUUCGUCGAGACGCGCGAAGCCUUCGAAGAUCGUCUAAAGACAAUGUCUGGCCUUGAAUUUAUCGUAUCCUAUGAUCCUUUACAAGCCGCCGCGCAUUCUGACACUCGCUUCGCCCAUGAGCCGUCCAAUGUCUGGGUGAUUCGGAAGCAGAACCGGCGGGGCGACGAGGUGACCGUAAUCUCGACAUACUUUGUUGUCGGCGACUGCAUUUACAUGGCACCCUCUGUUGCCAGUGUAGUUGGUAACCGAAUUUUGUCAGCCGUCACCUCUCUAUCCCGACUCAUGAAGACCGCUUCAACAUUGCCGAACUUCACCCCAUCUCACGGACACACCUACAUGCCACCCGUGGCCCGCACCGCAGAGUCCAGCCAGCAAGGUUCUGUUUCCCAGCAGAGCAAAGAAAACACACCCAUGCCCGAUAUACCCUCACAAACGCAAUCCAGCAUCGACACACACACAACCAGUAAAGUAGGACUGGGGAUCUCGGGCUCCAGCUCCAGCUAUCAGGAUACCCGCAGCUUGGCCGACGCAUUCAACCUCUUCACUCGCUACGGGGACGAAUUUAUGGACGAAAAUCCCUUGCAGGGUGAACCGGGCUCGUUCAUCCUGUCCAGAAAUGGCGGUGAGAAUGACCGUGCUGCAGCUGCGAACAAACCUACAGCAAAGGCGGCUGCUGCACCGGCGUCAGUCAAUACACCUGUACCCGGCCGGGUGUCGACACCGCAGGUCCGAGUCGAUACUCCAGGGAAAGCUUCGGACAAGAGUAACUCGCCGCCCAGUUCUGGCGAGAAUAAGGGGAAACGGAAGAAGAACCGCGUUGCGAAUUGA